AUGGUUCCGUUCACAAUCCCAGCAUGGCUUCCCCUCUUGCUGCUGCCCUGCACUCUUCUGGUACUGAUGAAGAAAGUGAUGGAAUCAAAGAAGCAGCAUCCUCCAGGCCCUCCAGGGCUCCCUCUCAUUGGUAAUAUGCACCAACUUGGCGCACUUGUUCAUCAAUCUCUGUGGCAGAUGUCAAAGAAAUACGGCCCUUUAAUCCGAUUGAAGCUUGGAAGUGUACCUUUAGUCGUCGUGUCCUCAGCGGAAACUGCAAGACAGAUUCUUAAAAUUCACGACAUCGAGACUUGCAGCCGACCCGAAUUGUUAGCCACAGGCAGUUUCUCUUACAAUUUUCUCGAUAUAGCUUUUGCUCCUUAUGGCGAAUACUGGAAGGAGUUGCGCAAGAUUAGCAAUAACGAGCUUUUCAGCAACAAAAGAGUCCAGUCGUUUCGGUUCAUCAGAGAAGAAGAGGUUGCUUCACUCGUUCAAACACUCUCUCAAUCUGCUGCUUCCAAAUCCCUUGUGGAUAUAAAAGAGUUGUUGUUUUCCCUCUCAACGAAUGUGAUUUGGAGGGUCGCGUUUGGAGAAAGCUUUGAGGAGAACAAAUGGGAGAGCCGCGUGUUUCAAGUGAAGCUCAAAGAGGCGAUAUCGCUUCUGGGAACCUUCUCCGCUUCUGAUUUAUUUCCUUAUGUUGGAUGGAUUAUUGAUAGGCUCACGGGUCUGCAUGGUAGGCUCCAGAAGAGCGUGCAGGAAAUGGAUGUUUUUCUGCAAGAGAUAAUCGAGAAGCAUGAGGGAAAGAAGGUAGGAGAAGGGAAGGAGGACAUUGUUGAUGUUCUCUUAAAGAUAGAGGAGCUGCAGAAUGAACAAGGAUCUGUUACUCUUUCCAGAAAUCAUAUCAAAGCAAUCCUCAAGGAUGUAUUUGCGGCUGGAAUUGAAAGUACGGGAAUAACCAUGGUGUGGGCGUUAACAGAGCUUAUGAGGAGCCCAAGAGUGAUGAAGAAAAUACAAGCUGAGAUUAGAGAUGUCAUGGGAAACAAAGGAAAAGUCAACGAAGAUGAUAUUGAAAAACUUGUAUACCUAAACAUGGUGGUGAAAGAGACCUGGAGACUUCACCCACCAGCUCCGCUUCUAAUUCCAAGAGAGGUCAUGUCACCAUUUAAGGUCAACGGUUAUAAGAUAUAUCCAAAGACCAGACUCCAUGUUAACGUCUGGGCCAUCGGACGAGAUCCCAAGAUUUGGAAGGACCCAGAAGAGUUUUUGCCAGAGAGAUUUGCAGGAAGCUCGAUUGAUUUCAAAGGUCAGCACUUCGAGUUUUUGCCAUUUGGUGGAGGACGCAGAGCUUGUCCGGGUAUAAACAUGGGAAGCACAUUGGUGGAGCUUACACUUGCAAAUCUUUUAUAUCGUUUUGAUUGGAAAUUACCAAAUGGGAUGAGCAAGGAAGAUAUAAACAUAGACGAAGCUCCUGGUAUCAGUAUCCACAAGAAGAUCCCUCUUCAGGUUGUUCCUGCCGCCUAUAUCUGA